AAACUUCACACGUGUCUGCCGUGUAUUUUUCUUCUCGUCGGAUUGUGUGAUUAUAGUAUCAGAAACAACACAACAGUGCCGAUCCGACGGCGAUGAUGGCGCAGCGGAAGAAGAAACUGAUGAAGAAGAAGAGGAGCCCGCACGCGCACAGAGAUCAGAUCGAGUCUGAUGAUGAACAGAUCCUGAAAGAUGAACAAGACACAGUCGGUCGGAGGCUUUCUCGCUUCCCUACAUCAUCUGAAUGCGUGUCUGACGCCGAGCCCGACACCAGAGAACUCAUCAGAGCCCAGAACAAGAAGAAGAAGAAGUCUGGAGGAUUUCAGUCUAUGGGUCUGAGUUAUCCCGUCUUUAAAGGUGUGAUGAAGAAGGGUUAUAAAGUCCCCACACCCAUCCAGAGGAAGACGAUUCCUGUGAUUCUGGAUGGGAAAGAUGUGGUGGCCAUGGCUCGGACGGGCAGCGGUAAGACUGCAGCGUUCCUCAUUCCCAUGUUUGAGAAGCUGAAGGGUCCACAGGCUCAGACGGGAGCUCGAGGUCUCGUUCUCAGCCCCACCAGAGAACUCGCUCUGCAGACUAUGAAGUUCACUAGAGAGCUGGGGAAGUUUACAGGUCUGAAAACAGCGCUCAUUCUCGGUGGAGACAGCAUGGAUGAUCAGUUUGCUGCUCUUCACGAGAACCCUGACAUUAUCAUCGGUACACCUGGACGUCUGAUGCAUGUCGUCAUGGAGAUGAACCUGAAGCUUCAGUCUGUGGAGUAUGUGGUGUUUGAUGAAGCCGACAGGCUGUUUGAAAUGGGGUUUGCGGAUCAGCUGCAGGAGAUCAUCAGACGUCUUCCAGACGCUCGUCAGACGCUGCUGUUUUCCGCCACGCUGCCCAAACUGCUGGUGGAGUUCGCCAGAGCCGGCCUCACAGAACCGGUUCUUGUUCGACUGGAUGUGGACUCAAAACUAAACGAACAGCUGAAGCUUUCAUUCUUCCACCUGCGGCUGGAUGAUAAGCCGGCUCUUCUGCUUCAUCUCUUGAGAAACGUGGCGAAGCCGCAGGAGCAGACAGUGGUGUUUGCAGCGACCAAACAUCACGUGGAGUAUCUCAGAGAGCUGCUGACGGUGGAGGGCAUCGAGUGUGCUUACAUCUACAGCGCUCUGGAUCAAACCGCUCGUAAGAUCAACAUCGGACGCUUCGUCCACAGGAAAGCCAUGGUGCUGCUGGUGACGGAUGUGGCGGCUCGUGGUAUCGACAUCCCCAUGUUAGACAACGUCAUCAACUUUAACUUCCCGUCUAAAGCUAAACUCUUCCUGCAUAGAGUUGGUCGUGUGGCGCGUGCCGGGCGAGGGGGCACGGCUUACAGUCUGGUGUGUUCAGAUGAAGUCCCGUAUGUGUAUGAUCUUCAUCUGUUCUUAGGUCGACCCGUGCAGCUGGCCAUCCCCGAGCACACGCAGGACUCUGACGGCGUGUUCGGUCGGGUUCCUCGGAGCAUCCUGGACGAUGAAGAAUCGCAGCUUCUCGCGGCUCACGAGAACUCUCUGGACCUCGAGAACCUCAGACGUGUCUCUGAAAACGCUUACAUGCAGUACCUGAAGUCUCGGCCCAGCCCAUCGCCGGAGUCCAUGAAGAGAGUGAAGAACACAGAAUUUUCCUCAGUGGCUGUUCAUCCUCUGUUGGGUUCUGGACUCGGGCAGACGGAGAUGGACAGACUGGUGAUGGUCGACUCCAUUAAAGGAUAUAAAGCCAAAUCUACGAUAUUCGAAAUCAACUCCAACAAUAAAUCAAACGCCAGCGAGGUGAUGCGAGCCAAGCGGUCUCGAGACAGUCACCUGGUUGACAAAUUUUUGAAAGCACGAGCGGAGGUGACGGCAGAGACAGCUGUUACCAUGGCAACCGGAUCCGUAACAAAACCCACUGAGGAAGAAGAUGAGGAGCGCGAAGACCUUCAGAACUUCUUCUCUGACGUAGUCGGAGGGAAAAGACGAAAGCAGGACGGUGAAACAGACAGACCUAAGAACAAAAAGAGCAGAAGAUCAGGAAAAGAUGAAGAGUUUUAUAUCCCGUACAGACCCAAAGACUUUAACUCCGAGAGAGGGUUGAGUCUCGGGGGUGACGGAGGCUCUUUUGAGCAGCAGGCAUCUUCUGCCGUUCUGGAUCUGAUGGGAGAUGAGGACAACACUCUGACUCGACACAAGAGCAUGAUGAAAUGGGAUCGCAAGAAAAAGCGUUUUGUUCAUGACACGGGCAAAGAGGAAAAAAACAAGAAAGUCAAAACAGAGAGUGGUCAGGUGGUGAGCGGCAAACGGAAGAAAAAGAACUUUUAUGACGAAUGGAAGAAGAAGAAUAAGGUAGAUGAUGUUUCAGAUUCAGAUGAAGGGACCGGCGGAGGGAACAGAGGGAGGAAAUUCGGUGGGGGUCGAGGGAGACCACGAGGACCGCCGUCCAAACCAAACGCGCAGCAGAGCGGGUCAAGGGUUCGAUCGGAGCUGAAGAGCCGCGAUCAGAUCUUAAAACAACGCAAACGUAAAGCCAAGCAAGAGUUCAUGCAGUCCGGCGGGAUGAAGAAACUCCGAACUAAAGGACGACGACGCGUGCAGGAGGUCAUGAAGUCUGGGUUCGGCCGCAGCGGAUCCAAGAAAGGAAAGAUGAAGAAGAGACUUUGAGUCCAAUAAUAAAACUGAGAAUACGAACAUUCAGAAUUGAGUUGAAGAAGACAGGCUGGACAAUGGAUGUAUAUUAUAUACAGGACAUCUGUUUAUGUGUGUAAAACAUUGAAAGAAUGAAUAAUAAAAAAACAAGAACACUUUUAUUAAAAACAUUGCCUGCUGCCUAAAACCUCAUUCACAACAUUACAGUAAAAUAAUGUUCCAGGUUUAGCUAAAGUAGUUCAUUGUCACAUUUGAUCACUAUUACAGAAGCUUCAUAAUAGACAACAUUUAUGUGUGUGAUUAAUGUAAAUCUGAUCUCAGAUCAGACUGUAAUCUAACAGGAAACAAGAAGUUAUUUUUUACAAUAUAUUUUUAUAUUGUGAACAUGAAGCUCAGAUUGACUAAAUCCUCUCAGAAUCUUUGUGAAUGAUAGAUGUCGAGAUGUAUUUCUACACGAGAGGCCAGAAGCAGACAAAAAUAUAUCGAGUUGCUUUGUUUAGUUGUUAAGAAAUUGUGUUUGUUUGUUUGUAUGCUAGUAAAUCAACUUAAGUUUA